AUGACCUCGCCAUUGAUUGUGACGUUCGUGCAGGCAACCAUUUUGAAUGCCAUUUCCAAUGUCCUCGCGCAGCUGAUUGACCAGCGAAACAACAAAGCUCCAUUCACUCUAAACACAGUGGCUCUCCUCCAAUUUGUGGGGUAUGGCAUCUUAAUCGUGCCCCCUAAUUUCUACUGGCAACGCGCCCUUGAAGCGCGUUAUCCAGGGUUUCCUACGCGUGCCGAAUUCUCAAAAGUCUUCAGUCUUCGAUCGCUGAAAUCUAUCUGCUCGCCUCGCUCAUGGCUUUCCAUCUUUUCAAGAGCUCCCCCAGAAGAUUCGCUCCCUAGCCACAAGGAGAAAGAAAAGCAUGUCCGAUGGGCACCGCGUACGCAGCCAUCCGGGCUGCGUAGCUUUGUCAUGAAGUUCUUCUUUGAUCAGACGGCUGCCUCGAUCGUCAAUCUCGUGUUAUUUGUGGUUGUCAUCAAUCUGCUGAAGGGAGAGAGUCUUAAAAAGUCAUGGGAUUUAGUUGUUUUGGAUUUCCGGCCUCUUAUGAGUGCCCGUUUGAAGUACCGGCCUCUUGUUUCGGUCUUAAUGUACACAGUCAUUCCUGUAGAUCGACGAGUGGUCUUUGGAAGUGCAUGUGGGGUGAUCUGGGGUGUCUAUUUGAGCUUAUAUGCUGGUGUUUAG